CAUAAUUAUUUCAAAAAAGAUUCUAUUAUUUAUUUUUUACUUUUUUAAUUACUUUCUAAAUUAUGUCUCCCACCUUUGAUCCACGCGUAACUAUCAAUACCGUUGUAAGAGUCGAUCAUCCAUCAUUUCUUACAACCCUUGAUGUCAGUACCGAAAUUGAUGAGCUUAUUAAGCCAGAACCUUUGAAAACGAAUUUAAAAACAUGGAGUGUUUACCAAGUUGGUUGUCAAUUAUUAAAGGCAAUUAAUAUCGCUCAAAACGCUUAUUGCUUUGAAAAUCAGAAAAAACUUAUACUACACGAAUCCCUGAAUAAUAUCUUCAGUUGGAAUAUUGCGGAUAACCUUGCAAGACGUCUGGAAGAUUUGAAUUGGUGGAAAUUAUUAAUGUGGCGGGAAGACCCUCAAUCUUUAAAUACAAGCAAAACAGAGCAUGAUUUUGCGCAACUGGGUAAGUACAUCAAGGAAGUGUUGGAGGAGUAUUUCAAUAAUAGUGAAGAUAAUAAAUGCUUGGAAGUACUGGAUCCUGUUAUACAAAACCACAAUUUUUACGACAUAUUACUAGCGUCACGUAAACGUAAGACAAGUGUAGAAUUUGGUCUUUUCCGUACAAUUGCGUCUAGUAAAUUUUUGGUUAAUAUUUCGCAACAACGCAUUCGGCGAAAAUAUGGGCAAGAACAAUUAAUGUUUAAGAAAAUUGUUGAUCCAAUAAUUGAACGUUACCGAUUGGCACAUCAAAUUGGUGUGGAAACUCAAUUUACGCAGCUCUACAAACUUAACGUCGAAAAUCUUCAGAAAGAAAUAAGGGAUAUUUCAAAAUUACACAAUCAGUCUAAACAUACAACUUACUGUACUUGCAAUAUGUACUACAUGGAAUCAGAGAACUUACGUCAGUCUAUAAGUACAAUGGAAGAAAAGUAUAGGAAACGUUAUGAUGAAGAAGAAGAUAAAAAAAUUAUGCUUAAUUCUGCUAUACAACAAUAUAAUGUUAAAUUGCAGCAAGCGCAAACGAAGAUUGUUUAUAUGAGGGAACAACUUGCAGAGGUCCAACAAAUACAGGCAGAUAAGGAAGAAGCUGCACGAGAAAAAGAAUUGGCCCUAUUGAGAGCUCAAAAGCGAAAAACAAAGUUAAAAAAAUCUUUAGAAAAGUCCAAAACUCCAACCAUAAUUUCAAAACCAAAAAAGCCGAAAAAAAAGAAGAGUCCAAGAAAGGAGAACUGAAAUCUUAAACACAACUUAAUGAACAAAGUAUAAAAGUCAAAAUAACAAUAUUAAAAUUCAAAAAAAAAAAUUAAUUAAUU